CUGUAGCCCGCUGACGCAGCCGUAGUUUUUGAGGAAAAUGUAUCGCUUGAGCUUAAAGUCUUUCACCGGAUUCGCUUUUAAUACUUUCCAUUUCACUGUGCCGUUGGAAAAUACUUUACUCAAAAGACAUUAUAUUAAAAACUGGUCGUGUAUCGGCUGAUUUUAGGAGCGGAGCAACUCAUUUAAACAAGAUGCCACGGGCCAAGAAAAGGAGCGGCAGAGGUAAGUAGGCUAGAAUGACUGGAAAUCACCGGUUGUUUUUGCGCGGCCUGCGCCAAUGGAAAUUCUGGGGAUUGUAGUCCUUUACAACGAGCGCGCAAUGGAGUAAAGACGAUAACAAACUACAACUCCCACGAUCGCAUGGCCCUGCUUUGGUUGACACCAAGGAGUCAAUGUCUUUCUUUUACAAACAAAAGAAUAAUACACAGCUCGAGUCAUCGACGGCGGACAACAGGGAAAUGUCCUUCCGUUCAGUGAUGAAGAUUCAUCUAUUGAGACCCUCAGUCACUGCAGCAGCCUCAGUGAGAGAACCAGUGCACCCGAGGAUGCUGGUGAAAGUGAGGAAAUGACUCAAGAGGACUUCCAGUAUAAACUGAAGGUGUACAUCGACAGCACGGUGGAUAAGAGUGCCAAGACCAGGCAAGGUGCCCUUGACGGACUUAAGACUGCCAUGGCAACCAAAAUCCUGUACGAGUUUAUUUCCGAGAGAAGGAUGACCAUCACGGACAGCAUCGAGCGCUGUUUGAAGAAAGGGAAGGGAGUGGAGCAGAGUGCUGCCGCCUCUCUGGCGUGUCUUCUGUGCAUCCAGCUGGGUUCUGGAAUUGAGAGCGAGGAGGUUUUUAAGACGCUUAAACCUGUUUUUAAGACCAUCCUGAAUGACGGAACAGCCAACAUCCAGGCCAGACAAGCUUGUGCAACAAGUCUGGGCCUUUGCAGUCUUGUAGCUGAAGAUGAUAUCAUGGAUGUGUAUGGCACUAUGGAGAGCUUUGAGACCCUCUUCACUCGCUCGUACGUUAGGGAGGACGGGACCAGACCUUCUGUUAACCCUCAGACCACACAGCUCCACACCAACGCUCUUCUGUCCUGGGCCCUGCUUCUUACCAUCUGCCCAGGCAACCACAUAAGAGCCAUCACAGAGAAACAUUUGUCUAAACUUCCUCGUCUGCUGGAGAACGAUGAGGUCAACAUGAGAAUUGCUGCCGGAGAGACCAUCGCGCUGCUGUUCGAACUCAUCCGCGAUGUUGACCCUGACUUUGAAUAUGACGACUGGGAGCCAUUGUGUGAAAAGCUGAAUGCGUUGGCCACCGACUGCAACAAACACAGAGCUAAGACUGAUAAGAGAAAGCAAAGAUCUGUUUUCAGAGAUGUCCUGAAGGCAGUAGAGGAUGGGGAUUUUCAAACUGAGACAAUUCGCUUCGGGACAGAGCGCAUGGUCAUUGACAGCUGGGUUAGGAAGAGGAUGUAUGACAUUUUCAGAGAGUUUGUGGGCUCUGGCAUGAACUAUCAUUUACAGGCGAACGAGUUUAUAAGGGAUGUGUUUGAACUGGGACCACCGAUGUUGAUCGAUUCUGCUGCUUUAAAAGCUAUGAAGAGCUCUAGAUUGGAAAGGCACCUCUACAAUGCAGCUGCGUUUAAAGCGCGAACCAAGGCGAGGAACAAGUUUCGUGACAAAAGGAACGAUGUCGGGGAGUUUUGAGAUGUUUUUGUAAUGCACUUUUUUGUACAUUUCCUUAUUAUCUUUGCAUUCCUAGCAUAGUCGGAAUUACAUUUCUUUAUAAAUGUAGUAUUUACCAAACUUAAUAUUCACUCAUUUGUCAUAGAUUCUAAUUUAUGUGUGUAUUUUUGUGUUGUUGGGUUUAUUAGAAUCUCAACUCAUGAUCUUUUGAUGUUUGUGUUGAUAUGGAUUGUGUCGUGACUUGCACAGUAUUUAUGAAUAUAUUGUGUAAUGUUAUUGUCAGUGGGCUGUACUGUAGUACAUUUAUUAAAAAUAAUUAUUUAAAAAUAAUAAUAAAACUGAAAUCCCCUGUUUA